AUGGACUAUGAUUUCAAAGUGAAGCUGAGCAGCGAGCGGGAGCGGGUCGAGGACCUGUUUGAAUACGAGGGCUGCAAAGUUGGCCGAGGCACUUACGGUCACGUCUACAAAGCCAAGAGGAAAGAUGGGAAAGACGAUAAGGACUACGCUUUAAAACAGAUAGAAGGAACUGGGAUCUCAAUGUCGGCGUGUAGAGAAAUAGCCUUACUCCGUGAGCUUAAGCAUCCGAACGUCAUCUCUCUUCAGAAGGUGUUUCUGUCUCACGCUGACCGGAAAGUAUGGCUUCUGUUUGACUACGCUGAGCAUGACCUCUGGCAUAUAAUCAAGUUUCACAGAGCUUCUAAAGCCAACAAGAAGCCCGUUCAGUUACCUCGGGGCAUGGUGAAGUCACUGUUAUAUCAGAUCCUCGAUGGGAUCCACUACUUGCACGCAAACUGGGUGUUGCACAGGGAUUUGAAACCUGCUAAUAUUUUAGUUAUGGGUGAAGGUCCUGAGCGAGGAAGAGUAAAAAUUGCUGACAUGGGCUUUGCCCGAUUAUUUAAUUCACCUUUGAAGCCUUUAGCAGAUUUGGAUCCAGUAGUUGUAACAUUCUGGUACCGCGCCCCAGAACUCCUUCUUGGAGCGAGGCAUUAUACCAAAGCUAUUGAUAUUUGGGCUAUAGGGUGUAUAUUUGCAGAACUACUAACGUCAGAACCAAUAUUUCACUGUCGGCAAGAGGACAUCAAAACUAGUAACCCUUAUCACCAUGACCAGCUGGACAGGAUAUUCAAUGUUAUGGGAUUCCCUGCAGAUAAAGAUUGGGAAGACAUAAAAAAGAUGCCCGAACAUUCAACAUUAAUGAAAGAUUUCAGAAGAAAUACGUAUACCAACUGCAGCCUUAUCAAGUACAUGGAGAAACAUAAAGUUAAGCCAGAUAGUAAAGCAUUCCACUUGCUUCAGAAGUUGCUCACCAUGGACCCGAUAAAGCGUAUUACCUCCGAACAGGCUAUGCAGGACCCCUACUUCCUGGAAGACCCCCUGCCCACUUCAGAUGUUUUUGCCGGUUGUCAAAUCCCUUAUCCCAAACGAGAGUUCUUAACAGAAGAAGAACCCGACGACAAAGGAGACAAAAAGAACCAGCAGCAGCAACAGCAAGGCAACAACCACACAAACGGGACCGGUCACCCAGGGAACCAAGACAGCGGCCACGCGCAGGGACCCCCGCUGAAGAAAGUGAGAGUUGUCCCUCCGACCACUACCUCAGGUGGACUGAUCAUGACCUCAGACUAUCAGCGUUCCAAUCCACAUGCUGCCUACCCCAACCCUGGACCAAGCACAUCACAGCCCCAGAGCAGCAUGGGAUAUUCAGCUACCUCCCAGCAGCCUCCGCAGUACUCUCAUCAAACACACCGGUACUGAGCCGCGCUGGAAUCACGUCACUGCGCUGGCGCUGUGGGGCGGGGCAGGGCGCUGGCAUCACGUGACUGCACUGGGCUACGCUGCGGGGCGAUCCGGGGGCUCCCCAGGAAGGGCUGUGCAACAACGUCUGCCGAAUGUCCAGCCACCGAUUCCCAGCACUCUCCACAGACCGGGGUGGUGGCGUCCACGUUGUCCCUAAUUUUGGAGUUAGACUUGAAGAGAGAGUGCUCGCACAGUGUGUGUUGUGGAUGUGCUACUUUCAUAGUUUACUUGACCUGGUUCACACUGACCACCACGUGCUUUCCCAGUGAUGGGCUGUAGCAGGUGAAGCUGUGAAAUGUGUUAGGGGCCAGCAGUUGUCAUUGUGUGGU